AUGGCAGUUCUGGGCGUACUUCAACAGAUGGCUGAACCCUUGGACCAGGGUAAAAUGGUGGGGAAAGGUACCUAUUCAGAGUUCCUGAGAUCUGGCAUCGACUUUGCUUCCCUUUUGAAAAAAGAUGAGGAGGUAGAACAGCUGUCGGUUCCAGGAACCCCCAACCUGAAGUCUGCUCGGAGUCGAACAUUCUCGGAGUCCUCUGUCUGGUCCCAGGAUUCUUCUGUCCACUCACAGAAAGACGGAGCAGUGGAACAACCACCUGCUGAAAAUGCAUUGUCUGCAGUGCCAGAAGAGAGUCGUUCUGAGGGAAAAAUAAACUUUAAAGUUUACAGAAAAUAUUUCACUGCAGGAGCAAACUACUUUGUGAUUUUUAUACUUUUAGUAUUCAAUAUAUUGGCACAGGUGGCAUAUGUGCUUCAGGAUUGGUGGCUUUCUUACUGGGCAAAUCAUCAAGAAAAGUUGAAUGUCACAACAAAUGGAAAUAAUGGAGCAAAUGAGACUGAACAUCUAGACCUUAACUUUUAUUUGGGAAUUUACGCAGGUUUAACGGUGGCUACAAUACUGUUUGGCAUAAUAAGAAGUCUUCUGGUAUUUCAAGUUCUUGUUAAUUCUGGUCAGACUUUGCACAACAAAAUGUUUCAAUCCAUUUUGAAAGCUCCUGUCUUGUUUUUUGACAGAAAUCCUAUAG